AUGGAAAUACCUCCGGCCUUCCCGCUGGUGGCACCCAGCAAGUUGUGCCUCGCGGCGUUAAACCAGCUGUUAUCGUCACUGGAAGUGGCCGGGAACGAGUACAGAUCUCUCAUGCCACCCCAGACGCUGAGAAAUCAACGAGACCGGUUUAAAAUAUGGGCCGGUAAUCUCGGUGCGCUUCAGGAAGGACGAGCUUCGCUAGACUUCCGUCUUCAGGAGUCGAUCCUCAUGCAGUCGGCUGUUCACAAGCUCCUGAAACAGUUGGAAAAGACGGUCAUAAGCAGCAUCGAAGUGGUCCGCGGCGUCAGAAAGCCACUCGAAGAGUCAUUGACUUCGGCUGACGAAGACGAAGACUUGUGGGGAGACUCCGGCGAUGAAAGCAGCUCAGAUGAACAAGAAGGCAUUAAUACGCGAACAGAGCUGGGUCAAAACACUAUUGCAAUCAUGCAAAUUCUCUCAGACCUGUUCAGGCUUUCCUUCAAGAUUAGAAACCCUGCAACACGGUCCAGUGGACAAUCCGUGAUAAAGCCGCUUCUCUUCAAGCAAACAGUUAAUGCUGACGACACCACAGCCGUGGAUCUACUGGCUUGUUUUGCAGGAUUUGACCGCGGCCACAUCGAAGAGGCGUUCUGUGAGCUGCGACGCGCUGUCCAUGGAAGACCAAGACUGAAAGACGUGUAUCCUGCGUAUGAUUCUCUGGCCGAUAGCGACACCAAUGAGACGAGCCCACAGCUUGCAGCGUCUGAGGGUCCGGUAAUUGAGCCGGGAGAGGAGCAACAUGGCUUCUUGAUCGAUCGCUGGAGCAGAUCCCUGACGAAUCGCCGCCGAUAUUUUGCUUAUUGGGAAAAUCACGCGCUGAAGCUGGCUAGGGAGGACAAGGAGAAGGCACCGGACCAGGCCGAGUCCAAACUACAAGACUUUAUGAAGGCACAGCCUACUCCUAUGCCAAUACCGGCUGCUGCUCUUGCGGCCGCCGUCAUAAUUCCGGCAGCGGUGGCUCCGAGUUUGGCCGGAAAGAGUAUCCUUUCCGGGACUGAAGUGUCAACGUACAAUCGGAAGCUGGACGAUGAAAUAGAUACUCAUUCGGUAGUAUCGUACGCAUCGACAACAUACGACAUUGACGGCACCGUUGCAGACCUGCCCCAAGCUCCUCCAGUCAAGCCGUCCCAGACAGAGUUCCAGUGUCCGUACUGCUGGGUCACCUGCCCGGCGCGCCACUCCAAAGGCAAAUAUUGGCGGGAGCACAUCCUCCGCGAUCUUCAGCCGUACAUGUGCACAUAUGAAGAGUGCUCCGACGCCGACGCCCUGUAUGCGACCCGGUCAGCCUGGCUGACACACGAGGCAGAUGUCCACCGCCGGGUGUGGCGCUGUUUCGGGCACUUGGAGCCGCUCUUUAAGUCACAGGACGCCCUGCAGCAGCACCUGGAGGCCGAACACGACGACCUGCUGGGCCCGGUCCAGAUUCAGGAGAUAGCCAAACUUAGCCACACGAGCACGGUAGAACAGCGGAGCGUGUGUCCCUUUUGCCAGUCAGCUGGUCCGUUCAAAAAGGGGCUCGCGAACCACAUGGCAUUCCAUAUGGAACAACUCGCAUGCUUUGCGGUGCCACGCAGCUCAGGUGUCGACAACGAUGAAUCGUCACGCGGGAGCAACACGAAUACGGCCCAUGGUGGGCUGUCUGCUGCUUCUUUGGCAUCUGCUCUGCUGGUCUUCUCUGAUGCCUCAUCUGGGAAGGGAGAUGGGUCGAGUUCAGAGGACUAUGGGUUCAUGGCAGUCGCCUUUUCACCCAACGGUAGGAUGCUCGCCUCAGCUUCCCACAACGAGACUGUAAAGCUCUGGGAUGCAGCGACGGGCCAAUAUCUCAUGGCCCUUGAGGGCCAUAGUGACUGGGUCACGUCGGUCGCUUUCUCACCCGACGGUAGGGUGCUCGCCUCAGCUUCCCACGACGAGACUAUAAAGCUAUGGGAUUCAGCGACGGGCCAAUGUCUCAUGACGCUUGAGGGCCAUAGUGGUACGGUCACGUCGGUCGCUUUCUCACCCGACGGUAGGGUGCUCGCCUCAGCUUCCCAAGACAAGACUAUAAAGCUAUGGGAUUCAGCGACGGGCCAACAUCUCAUGACGCUUGAGGGCCAUAGUGGUACGGUCUGGUCAGUCGCCUUCUCACCCGAAGGCAAGCAUCUCGCUUCGGUCUCAACCGAUGAGACUGUACGGCUCUGGGAUGUGGCGACAGGUUCUCAUGCAAUCACGCUAGAGGGCCAUGACAAUCGGGUUACUUCUGUUGCCUUCUCACCUGACGCUAGGAUGCUCGCCUCGGCCUCAAAGGAUAAUAUUAUACGGCUCUGGGAUAUGGCAUCAUUUCAAUGUCUUAGGAUUCUUGAGUGCUUUAGCUGGAACCAUGGGGAGGUACGGAUCUGGGAUAUAGCGACAGUCCAGCGGCUGCUCAAGAAGGGCGCUGACCUUAACUUGAAGGAUGAUGAUGGCCGGACACCGCUGUCGUGGGCUGCUGAGGGUGGGGAUGAGAGCGCCGUCCAACUACUGCUUGAGAAUGGCGCUGACCUUGAGUCGAAGGAUGAGGAUGGCCGGAAGCCACUGUCAUGGGCUGCCGAGAACGGACAUGAAGGCGUUGUCUGGCUGCUGCUUGAGAAGGGCGCUUACCUUGAGUCGAAAGAUGGGGAUGACCAGACACUGCUGUUAUGGGCUGCUGAUUACGGCCUUGAGGAUGUUGUCUAA